AUGACUUCUAAAGUUACAUCGGUAUUUGUUUUGUUUGUCUCUGUUGCUGUAAUUAGUAUAAUAGAAUUCGUCAAAGCUGAUCCUGCUAUUAUGAAUGGAUAUAACCCAAUGGAAAUCUGUAUUGAAAACUGUGCCCAAUGCAAGAAAAUGCUCGGAUCAUGGUUCGAUGGUCCUAUUUGUGCCGAAUCAUGCAUCAGACAUAGAGGCAAGCUUAUGCCGGACUGUGAAGAUUUUGCUUCUAUUGCACCGUUCCUGAGCAAGAUGUAA